AUGUCCGAAGGACUCCUCUCCUUACCUAUCAUCCCAUCCUCACCCUCUCUCCAAUCCCACCUCGCAGCCCUCGACCACCUGUCCCUUCAGCUUCAACAUCUCACCAGCUCCACGACCCACCCAGUGAGGUUAUCCCUCGGCUCCAAAGCCUCAACGGUAGGUGAUAUAGUACAUACGAAUGAUAUCAAAGUGAAUAUAGGUUGUGGGUAUUGGGUAGACAUGACCGCCCAGGAAGCUUCGGAAUAUGUGAAAAGGAGGAAAGAUCAGUUACUCGAGGAACACGCUAGGUUGUUAGAGGGUCAUAAGCGACCCGCUGCUGUGGAUAGGCUGGAGAAGAAAGUAUCGGAUGUGCAAAGUAAAGGUAAGGAAGGCAAGAGGAAACUGGUCGAAACGAAAGUCGGAUUUCAUCCGAUAUUCCAUAAGAUGCCUAAAGCGGCUGAUGCUGGACCAUCGAAUUCGUCUGCUGAAGACGAGGAAGGAAAAGCUAUCAAUGGAGAAGAAGCUCCUCAAGCACAGACAAAGCAGACUGAGGUACAAACCCUCAUUUCGGAAUCAUCGACGACGGAUUUAACAAAUACAUCUAUUCAGAAUCUUCAUCCAUCACCUACUGAUACCACAAUUCAGUCAGUGAGACCUAAGAAUUCUGAACAGUCCGUCGGUGCAUCUCUAGUAGAGCUACUAGAUGAUCAAGAUGGCUCAGACACGGCGGUAGGAGUAUCAAGAGACUCACUAGGGGACAAUACGACAACCAAUGAAGAAGGUCUACCAAUCCAUGAGAUCCGUGAAACUCUCUCAGGUGAGACAAUUGGUCCACCUCCACCACCCUCAACCUCAACCUCAACUGAUGGACAACCGAUAGAAGAAAAAGAAGAUGAUUAUUUCUCUCCUGAGGCUAUCGCUCGUCGAGCCGCCUUGAGAAGGAGACUGUUCAACGAAGAUACCUCAAGUGAUGAGGAUGAACCUCCAGUCCAAUCAACUAUCAAGGCUAAGGGGGGUAUAAUACGUUCAUCCAAUACCGUGACAGAGACAUCUUCCAGUACAACACAAGCUACUCCACCUUCACCCUAUUCACCUCCAGUGCGAGAUCGUAGGCCCUCAUCCAGCCAACCUCUUCCAUCCAAAUCCAUCCUCAAGCCUUCUAACCCACCUACACUCAAAAAAUCAGUAACUUUCGAUCCUUCCUUGCCAUCUCCACCUACUUCUCCUGCACCUGACGAAUCACUCUCUCAGAUGAGUAAGAGGUUCGGCUUUCCCCUACCUCUAGCAGUAUCUGACGAGUCCAACUCCAACUCGGGCGAAUUCAGUAUCAAGCCAGUUCCUGUUAUACCUCCUCCUCAACCGAGGAAAAGGGAUGAUACCAGUGGUUUUGCGGGGUUUAAAAGGGGUUUCUUGGAUGGAUCGUCACGUAUGACUACGAAACUUUCUCAAGCAGAAUAUGACAAAACUAAGUUGAGGGAUUUGAUGGAUAUGAUGGGAAAUCAAACACGAGAUAUAACCCCAUCAUCAAUCAUAGAGAAUGCUUCUUCUUCUCCUUCGACUUUGGCUUCGCCUCCGACGACAACGACGAAGGGUGAUAAAGCAUUUAACGAUCCACCACCUAAAUCCAAGAUAAAGAAACAAAGUCUAUUCUCACAAAGGUUGAGUCAACCUGAAAUAGAUGCCUCUGCACCUAAUAUCCAAACAACCUCAACGGCCCGAAUACCUAAUUUACCUAAAGUGUCUGAAAGUAAGGGUACGAACACUAUCAAAUCUGGUGUGAUUGAGAAGCCCCCUGUGGUACAGCAUGGCGUGAAAGAGAGAUUGGAUAAUUUGAAAAUUGUUGAAAGACCAAUUUCGAAUGGGUUCAAAGCUCCGAAGAAAAGCGAGAUUGAUGUUAGUGUAGGUAGAACCAAUUAUACUACUAAUGGGGAAAACAAAUAUACCAAUCAAAAUGAAGUACCCACAAAAAACAAUAACGAAGAAGAAGAAGGAGAAGACCAAGAUGAUGAUGACGAUGAGUUUAGUGAAUAUUCCACAGGGGAGGAAGAUGAAUACGAUCUAGAUCAAGCGUUAUUAGCAAGGGAAGUAGCAUUAGAAUACCAUAAGAGACAAACUUACAAACCUCUAAAUCGCGAUUUAGAUGAUCCCCAUUUUGACGAAUUGCAAGAAGGAGAAGGGGAAGAAGGAGAGGGAGAGGGAGGGGUAAUGUUGGGAUUACCUAGAAUAUCUGAAUUUGGUGAACCGAUGAUAAUCAAUCCUAAACCCGAGGACUUAAGGAGGUUCAUCAGAGUGGGUAAAUUGGAGAAUGGCAAUCUGGUUUUGGCACCUGGUGAAGAAUCGCUCGAAACCGAUGAUGAAGAUCAAGAUGAAGAAAAUAGAGAAGACGGUGAGGGAAGGAAGGAGAGAAGAGAAAACAGAGAGAAUAUCAAGAAGAAAUUAAUGGAAUUGGAAAUUCCCACUUCCCAAUUGAUUGAACAAGAACGACAAGACAGGGAAAGGAAGAAUGUAGAGAAAGGCAAGAAGAAACAAUAUGAAGAUUGGGAAAAAUCAUUACCACCUAUUUUAUCGAAUGAUAAUCCUGAAAAGGGAGAGGUAGCUGUAGAUGACAAAGAUAAGUCGAAGUCUAAACCACCUAUAAUUCCUUUGGUUCCUGAAUCACCAAAUAUCUCACCUAAUCAAUCUGUAUCGAUUCCAAUACCAACACCCACACCUGCAACACAAACAGCGAGUGAAGAUGUUAAACCAAAGAAAGUAUCGAGGUUCAAAGCUUCUCGAAUGGGUAAUAACUGA